UGCUGAGAGUUUAUUAAUUACCUGUAAUUUUAUCAUUCCAUAACUGAUAACGGUCCACUAUUAAAACAGUCUACUAUCAGCUUAGUUUCCUUCUUCUCACUAGCCUCUGGUUAUAAAAGCCAGUGAGCUUUCAAACACAAAAUAUGAAGUAGCUGACAACCCUAAAACUCAAUUAUAUACCAGUUUAGUUUGUAAUAAUAAUAAUAUGUCAGCUCAUUUCUGCUAAUUUUCUUACUAAUUUUUCUUUUAUGUUAAGCACAUUCAGCUUAUGUGUCCAAUAUAGACAAAAUGGCCAUUGCCAUUCGAGCAGUUCAAGUAAGGUGGUACUAUAAGCCAGGGGUGUCAAAUGUAAGGCCUGGUGGUCAGAAUCGGCCCAGCAACGGCUCCAAUCCACCCCACUUGACAGCUUUGUAAAGUACGGAGAGCAGAUAUUUUUUGGGACUUUUACCUGUCUUUUUAUAAGUUUUACAGGUUUUCCUGCUGAUAAAGACCUCCCCCACAGCCAUUCAUACUACACUGAUAUAGUUGAUUAAUAGGUAAACAGUUAAAUGACAGAAACAUUCCUGUUUUUCAGUGUCCAAAAUAGAAUUAAAAAAAGACCAUUUUCAUAAAUCAACAAUAAUUUUGUUUCAUUAAAAAAACUUGCUGAACCAAACAUUAAUGUUUGUACCACGUUUCAUGACAGUACAAUCGACAGUUUUGCACUAAUUUUAAAAAAAAAAACGUGAAAUAAGAUGUUAGCCUGAGUGGCAUAGUGUUGGAGUGGUUACCAUUUGGUGUUGCUAUUAUACUGUAGGCUUUUUUUUUCUCUCAGUGAAGUUUGCAAGUUCUUCAAUUGCCUGAAUAAGUUGCUGGUGGUUCUACCUUGACUGUAGGUAUAUUGAUUGUCUCUCCGUGUUAACCCUGAGAUGGACUUAUAAGCUGUCCAGGGAGCAUCCAGCCUGCUUUUUGACCAGGCUUCAGCACCCUGUGACCCAACUGGGGUAAACAGUCAAGGUGAUGGAUGGAUGGAUGGAUGGAUGGACGGAUGGACGGAGGGACGGAUAGAUGGACUUAAAACCACAUAAUGUCGCCAUAGGGCCAUAAAUAUUUGUAUAAAUUUUGAUCAUGGUACAACUAAAAAUGCUAAAAAAAAAAGAGCUAACAAUAGACCAAUGUGUGUAAACGAACCAGUACCCUAAUUUCGUCAUGUUGGUUUCCGCUAAAAACACCUAUUAUGUAUGAGCUCUGUGAGUCUUGAUAAAUAUACACUCACUGGCCACUUUGUCAGUUACACCAUGACAUCCUUUUGGCUUCAGACCUGUCACAUAGAUUCAAUAAGGAGCUGUAAGCAUUUCUCAGAGAUUUUGGUGACAUGGCAGCAUCACACAGUUGCUACAGCUGUCUCGGCUGUACACUCUUGAUGCAAAUCUUCAGUUCUACCACACCCAAAAGCUGCUCUAUUGGACUGAGAUCUGGAGACUGUGGAGGCCCUUUAAGUAUAGCGAAAUCAUUGUCAUGUUAAAGAAUCUAGUUGAUUUGAACUUAGCUGUCUCCAGCUGUGUCACUAUCAGAAAAUGAGUACCCUGUGGUCAUAGAGGGAUGGACAUGGUCAGCAACAAUAAUCUGGUAGACUGUGGUGUUUAAAAGUUCAGUUGGUACUAAGAUGCCCAAAGCGUGACAAGAAGAUGUCUCCCACCCCAUUACCCCAACAGCAGCAUCAUAACCCAAGGAUAAAAGGCAGGUUAGAUCCAUGCUUUCAGAACUCAACGGACUGGGAAACAUUUUUCAAAUCUUCUCUGGGAAUCAUAGCUUCAAUUUCUUGUUCUUAGUUGACAGGGGUGUUCUUCCGUCAUCAAGAUCCAGUGUAUUGUUCAAACAGAGAUGCUCUUCUGCAUACAUUGGUUGUAACAAGUGGUUAUUUGAGUAACUGUUGCCUUCCUAUUAGUUUGAACUUCAGCAGGUCGUCUACAUGCCUAAAUCCACAGAUUUGCCACUACAUGAUUGGCUGAUUAGAUAAUUGCAGUAACAAGUUGUUGUAUAACAGUUUUUCUUUCUUUAUUUCAUCUCCCUGAAGGUUGGAGGGACAUUGAUGGCCGCGCUCCUCGUCAGAGAGGACAGAAGGAGUCACUGGACCAGCUACUUGGGCAGAUAAAAGAAGCUCACCGCCACUGUGUCUGCCAUGAGCAAUGCAAAGCUCCACCACAAAGCAGGAAGCACUCAGUGUCCAAGAGCCUGCGGCACCUUUUCCAGCCCACCAACAAAUUUGUCAAAAGCUUGAAAAGAGGUCUCUAUCUGGCGUCCAUAUUCUACAGAGAUGACAACGUGUUGGUGACUCCAGAGGAGCAGAUUCCUAUUGUGGAGAUUGAAGAUUCGUAUUCAAGCUCACUGAUGCAGGACUUUCUAUGGUUUACUAAGGUGUCCUAUCUAUGGGAGGAAAUUUCGUGGCUGCAGCAGUGCCUCGGUCCUUCCCAGACGUCGUGCUCAUGCACUCUGCAGACUCGCCUCAAGAUGCUGCAGGCCGUCUCCCAUCUACAGGGAGCACUGGGAACCCAGGAUCUUGGUCAGGUUUAUUUUGAGCCGAUCAAAGACAAGCAUGGUAACGCCCUGUUGGUGCUGCUGAAGGACAUGAAUGCGUCUCCCAACCUUGACGGGGUACGCUGGACGCAGCUUUGUAAACUGCAGCUCCAACGAAAAUCUAUAUCAUCCCCUGAAGAGCCCACUGCGCUGGACAUGCUCCUCAUCACACUUCAUGAGAAGCUGGCGUACCACAGGCGUAGCAGGAAGCUUUUGUCUCCAGGCUUAUAUCUGGGCUACCUGAAGUUGUGUACAUCGGUGGAGCAGAUAAGAGCACUGGUGCCCCAGAAACUCCCCAACGUGCUCUGUCAUACCAAAAUUCGAGACAACAGCAAUGUGUCCAGAGAGGAGUGGCAGUGGCUUCAGGCCCUCAGCUCUCUGGAGGAGUCACUGGAAAUGGACCAUGAUGUACAGAGUGCUCCCCAUCGCCUCCUACAGGACCUGCGUAAUGCCAUCAAGGACCUGAUAGCUCACAUCAACAUUCCUGGCAAUCAGGUCAGAACAAGACAACUGUAUCUAUUUAGUGAGUGAGUCCACAAUUUGUUUAGUAAAAGUGAUUUUGACUGAUGCGUAGAACCUGGGGAAGCAUACAGCGAGUCAGGCAGCAGCAGAAGCACAAAGCUCUUUAAAAUGACUCCAGUGGAA